AUGAGGAGCUACAGGUCUCCAUAUGUCAUCCCUGAUUUUUCUCUUUCCUGUUUCUUAUGGAAAGUGGUGCCCAGACUCCUGUGCAUUUUCAGUGCUAAUAUGCUCAACAUUUCUGCCUUCCGAAUCCAUCGUGUGGAAAGUGCAGAUGACUGCCAAGAUCACACCCUGUACUCCUGGCCUACUUUUGUCCUGGAAGGAGAACCCACGGUCCUAAAAUGUCUACAAUACAAAAAUACAAAGUCUUUUGAUCUGUCCCUUAACCUGACUUGGAAGAAAAAAGGUUCAUCAACUAUUAUCCCUGCAGGAUUCAAGGGGCCAAGAAUAACGUCACAAGAUGAUGCUGUCUGGCUUUUACCAACCAUUCUUCAGGACAGUGGGGAAUACAUCUGCACUCGAAGGAAUUCCUCUUACUGCGCUAAAGUGUCAAUGCAUUUAAAAGUUGUCAAGAGAAACGAAACCAAUAAUAUUUCCUAUCCUCAGAAGGCAUUCCUGCUUAGUUCCGGAAAGAUAGUUUGUCCUAAUCUAGAAAAUUUUAUACAAAACAAUACCAAUUAUGAACUCAAGUGGUACAAGGACUCUAUACAUCUGAACAUGGAUAAUAAGAAGUUUGCAGCUCUGAAUGGCACUAAUUAUCUCUUGAUCAAUCCUAUUUCAAUGAAUGAUUCAGGCUAUUAUACUUGUGAAAUGACCUUUGAGUUUGAAAAGGAACAAUAUACUAUUACCAGAACUAUUCAGCUACAAAUACUUGAACAAAGGAGAAAAAAUGUCCCCGUGAUUGUCAAUCCAGAUGAAGAGAUUACAUCAGCAGCUCUCGGUUCUCAACUCAUUAUCCCAUGUAGAGUUUUUAUUGGAGCAAAUAAUCAUUCUGAUGUUGAUGUCUGGUGGCUGGCUAACAACAGUUAUAUACAAAACAUUUACCCAGACAGAAGAGUUAAAGAAGGAGAAACUGGGCAAUUUGUAGAAAAUAACAACAGAUCUGUUGAGGUGCAAUUGAUCUUUGACUCCAUCACAGAAGCCGAUUUUCAUACUGAUUUCAGAUGUGUGGCACAAAACGGUGGUGGGAAUCGUGUACAAACAGUGACAGUCAAGGAAAAAAAAGAAAGACCGCGAGUUGUCUUGGUACUUGGCAGUUACUCCUGUGGCUCUGGCUAUUCUCAUCAUAGGAGGAGUGUACUUGAGUAAAUACUGGAAGCAAAGAUCUACGAAGGGUUAUG